AUGGCGGCUGCUCCUGCGGAGGAAGCGUGCAAGCACCGCUGCAUUCUGUGCAACUUGACCCACGAGGUCGAAAGUGGCAGAGUGCACGGUCGAAAGUUUACGUGCACUCCGUGCGCCAGCGCAGACCGACUUCUACGUCGGGGCCUUGGCUCAAAGGACGAGCUGCAAAACCUCAGUGUGGAGGAACAACACAGCUUUUUCCAGAAGUUGGCUGUGGAAAAGGCCAACGCGAAGGACUCCAGAAUCGACUGGAAAACUGUGCGAGCGUGUCUCGUGACCUCCUUGACAACUCGACAAAUGACGGAAAAUGCAACGGCUGUGGAUACCCAAUUCCUUCCGCUGGAUGUUUGGCUGAAGCAAGGUUGGCCGGAACAGACCGUGCGGAAUUGUCCCAAGGAGUGGAAUGAACAGUACGGAUGUGACACAUAUCAGGUCCCCGUGAAGAGCAUGACUUGGAAGCAGACGUACCAAGCUGUGGAAGAGAGAAUUCUCCGUCAGGAGAAGGAGGCCACUGCCAAGCGCAUGGCACGACCCCGUGGGCCGAAGGAAGCUGAGCCGGAAGCGGCUUUGGAUCUGCCGGCUCCCGAGGCUGCCAAGAAAGGAGAUGCUUCGGCGGCCGCAGAGAAAAAGGCUGCCAGAGCUGAAGCUGCGCAAGAAAAGAAAAAUCAAGCUUCGAAUCAGAAGAUGCAGCUGCUGGCUGCGAAAGCUGUCGCACCUCUGGCUCAGGAUCUCCAGAGCCUGACCAAGCUACGUGCUCGUGUUCCUGCUGAUUUACCAGAACCGAUCCAAGCGGUCUACGAGGACAAUGUGGGAAAGUUGCAGCGUUGGAGCCAAGCUGCCAAGGGCCUUCUCAAAGACUGGGAAGAGGAAGCAGCCCAGACCGGUAAAGUGGCUUUGACCGCUCCGCCGUUUGACAUGGCUGAUGUGAAGUGUCUCCACAAGACUGUGGUGGAGGUGCAAGCCAAUUUGCGUCAACACUUGCCGGUGCCUAAAGCCAAGGCGGCCGGUAAGCGCAAGGCGGCAGAGGCAGGAGCAGAGGCCACGGACACGGCAGCUGCGGAGGGGGCCGAAGCAAAUCCACCUGCUCGCCGUGUGCGCAGCAAGGGAGGAAACAAGUGA